UGAAGAAUUAGGUUUCAUAACUGAACGUCACAUCCUCUGACCGCGGCUAAAGGGGAUUAGUGUCAGGACUUUGCACCAAUGUUGCGCUUGAUUGCAACAUCCCUGUGCCUCCGGUGCCAACAUAUCACGGCUCUACCGUUAAACCUCAGGCUAUGCAUGACACGCAGUGUAGCAGAGAACCAGCAGACUGUAGAGGCUCUUUACAAUCUCUCUGUGGACAUCCAGAAAGUUCGGAAACUUAAAGGAUGGGUGCUGCAUGAAAGUCCAGCCUACACGAAAGAGGUAGCUGAACUCCUGAAGAACAUGGGGGCCUCCGGCCCCAUCAUCGCUCAUAUCUUAACAAGUCACCCUGAGGCUGUCCUCUGCAAUCCUGAGCAGAUUCAGACUCAGAAGGAGCUGUGGAUGUCUGUGUGUCCAAACCAGAGGGAGCUGGUUGGCAUCAUUGAGAAAUUCCCAGCUGCGUUUUUCACCUCCUCCAGUCAUCAUGACAACCAGCGAAACAACAUCUCUUACUUCCAGAGUCUAAACCUCAACAAACGAAUCAUCACCAAACUCAUGGCCAGUGCGCCUCAAAGCUUCAGCCGGCCAGUAGAGCAGAAUGAGUUGAUGGUUCGCACCCUACAGCGGGCCUACCGGGAGCUCGGUGGAGAGGAGGCCAAUAUGAAAGUCUGGCUUCAAAAGCUGCUGAGUCAGAACCCGUUUGUUCUUCUGAAGUCUCCAGAGGUGCUGAGGCAGAACCUCCUUUUUCUUAGAGACAAGGGCUUCAGCACAACACAGCUGCUCCGCCUUUUGUCCAGUCUGAAGGGCUUUGUGACUGAGCUAAACCCAGACAGCAUGCGUCGCACUCUGACGUACUCCCAAGACACCAUUGGGUGCUCUGAGGCAGAGCUGCGGAACAUCAUCCUCCGGUGUCCGGCUCUUCUUUAUUACCCUGAAUCUACUCUGGCUGAGCGCUUUGAGGGUCUUCUCAGGGCUGGGAUCAGCAUGUCUCAAAUCACAGAGACUCCAACUAUCCUGGAGCUGACCACACAAAUAGUAAAUUAUCGCAUCCAGCGACUGAAGGCUCGAGGCUAUGACAUAAGGACAGGUAGUCUGGAGGUCCUAAAUGGUACUAAGAAGGACUUUGAGAUGAGCUUUGGAAAACUACAGCUCUCCAGAGAGAGACCCAUUUUUAACCCUGUUGCCCCUGUAAAGGGGGAUGACUGACAUGGGUUUUAUGGACUAAUGUAUGCAUGAAUAAAACUGUAAUUGGAUCCAUACUGUCUUAAUUAUAAAGGUGCUUUGACUUCCAGUGUUUACCUUAUAAUCAGAUAUAUGUAUUUAUUGCUGUAGUUUAAUUGGAUAAACUACAAUGAUGCCAUUUAAUAUGUACAGUGAGUCAUGUCUGUGAAGAUGCCUUAAAUAUUACAGUGUGCAUACUCCAGAAAACAAUCUGUUAAAGGCUGCCUUCUUUUUUACUCAUAUUUUUAAAACUGGGAUCACACUCACCUAAAGGUUCAAUGCAGAGAAUGUUUUAACUGUUUUCCUGCUCCCAAAGCCUCCAACCUCGUGGGAUAUAAAGUCAUUAAA